AUGGCGGAGUUGUACAUUCGUGUGGCCGAAGAAGAGAAUGAGGAGCCCAUGGAGAUCCCUUCUGAGGAUGAUGGCACUGUGUUGCUUUCUACCGUGGCAGCUCAGUUUCCAGGGGCCUGCGGCCUACGAUUCAGGAGUCCUGUUUCACAGUGCAUGAGAGGGGUCCGGUUGGUGGAAGGGAUUCUUCAUGCGCCUGAGAACGGCUGGGGCAAUCUGGUCUAUGUCGUCAAUUAUCCCAAAGGUAUGUUGACUAAGCUAUUACAUGUUUGUUUUUAUUAGUCACCAACUAGUGGACAAUUGUAUAAUAAUGUUUACAUACUCCAUUAAUUAUUAAACAUUGAAAGGUUUCCCGAGUGGCGCAGCGGUCUAAGGCACUUCAUCGCAGUGCUUGAGGCGUCACUACAGUCCCGGGUUUGAUCCCAGGCUGUGUCACAACCGGCCGUGACCGGGAGUCCCAUAGGGUGGCGCACAAUUGGCCCAGCGUCCUCCGUGUAAGGGAAGGGUUUGGCUGUGGGGGGCUUUACUUGGCUCAUCGUGCUUUAGCGACUCCUUGUGGCCGGCCGGGCGCCUGCAGGCUGACUUCGGUGGUCAGUUGAACAGUGUUUCCUCAAACACAUUGGUGCAGCUGGCUUCCGGUUUAAGCGGGCGUGUGUUAAGGAGCGCGGAUCAUGUAUCGGAGGACGCAUGACUCGACAUUCGCCUCUCCCGAGCCGUUGGGGAGUUGCAGUAAUGAGACAAGAUCAUAAUUGGGAGAAAAAGGGGGUAAAAUACAAAAAAGAUAGAAAUGUUCCCUAUAUACAUCAUGUGGAAUGAGUAUCUAACUAGGCAAAUGUCAGUCUGAAGUGUUCCCUACCACACUAUUGCAGACAACAAAAGGAAAAUGGACGAGAUUGAUGCCGCCUCUGCUGUGAAGAUGAAGAGAGGGGACAUGAAGACAUCUGAUCUGAUUGUACUGGGGUUGCCAUGGAAGACAUCUGAACAGGACCUGAAAGAUUACUUCAGCACCUUUGGGGAAGUCAUCAUGGUGCAGGUAGUCUCAAAUUUGCGAUUUCAUUCUUUGCAGAUGUGUGCUGUUUUUAGGUACCUUCACUAUUAUUGUUCUCCCAGAUUUAAAGUGGAACUGACACUUAACUAUUUUGUAAAAAUAAAACAUAGAUAAUCCUAUCGGUCAAAAAUGUCAAUUUCAGUUUAUGCUUCAAAACUAACUUUUUAAGAGGUUUAAGAAAUCGGUUAUAUUUCACUCAACAUUCCAUUGCGUAGAGUAAGGUUUUGUUUGCAGAAUAAAUGGAUGCAGCCAAUGAAUGAUUCAUAAAAUUCACCAAUUAAUUGCUAGGUAGUUGGGUUGUAAAUCAGGUUGUAAAUCACAGCUAGUAUGUUGUUUGAUGCCCCCAGUCAUUCAGGGGAUGAACUGUUUCCGUUUCAUUCACCCAAUAUUUUUGACGAAAACGGAUGAAAAGGGCAGUAAUUGGUAGUCUGAACACAAUCAUAUGCAGUAUGUUGCUAAGGCUAUAGCUUAUCUAUUUAUGUAGGCCUACUUAUUUAGCAAGCUAGCAAUAUGACUUGAUAGUCAUUUUUCUAGCUAGCUAGAACCUAAUGACAUGGAGCCUAGUACCACAGAACAAUGAGCCAGAUAUUUCAGUGUGAAGCAUCCAGUAGGCGUUUCUACUCACUAGCAAAUAUGGUAAUGAGAGGAAGCCCAGUGGGAGGAGAUGGAGCGAGAUGGAUUUUGGCCAUCGAUGAAACAUUUGAUCUCAAUACAGUUUUCUGUUCCCAAAACUAGAAUAUGUUGCUAAGAGUGGACUCAGUUUUGUAGAUUUUAACCUUUGCCAAAGUAAAAAAAAAAAUGCGUUGUUUAGAAGGAGUGCAAGGGUGACUUGAGUUAUUGCACAUGCGCACGUCACAGAGAAUGCAUUCCCUAAUGGAAAUAUGCAGAUACAUGCUAGAACGCGCCAAUAGGAUCUCGCUAGCUCGUGCUUGGCUCUGCCCCCCACUGACACAUUUGUUUCCAUUGGAAAUGACAGGCUGUGGUCUCUUGGGUUAGUUAUAAAAUAAUCUUAGCUUGUACUGUUUGCUAGCUAGCUGUUGGAAGUGGGUGAGUGGCAGACCUUUCCCUCAAGUUAAUUUUUUUUUCAGCUUCGGUGGCUACAUCUAUUGGGAUUGCAGUGUCACUUGGUUAGCUACUAAGACAUGUGAUUCACUAAUUAGUUUAAGAUAGCUACUCAUUUACUAAAACUUGAACGACUGUUAGCAUAUCUCUUAGUUGUCAAUGAAAAUGUAUUUGACAUCGAUCAAAUUAGCACUGAGCAGGCAGGCAAGCUGUAAAUCCAUCCACUUGUUAAAACGUGGGUUAUUAUGGGACUGGGGGCAGGCCGCGCAGGGUAGCCUACUAUUCCUCAUCGUAUUCACGGUGCAAUUUUGACUGAAAAAGUUAUCUACUGUCCCCUGUGCUAGAUUUUGGCUCAUCUGGCUCUGGCUAACAUCGUUCUGUUGUGCGUCAGCAACUGAGGGAGAGAGAGCCUACCUGUUGUUGUUUUUUUAUCAAUGUAAAGUUUCCGAAAGUAAGACUGCCGUGGUGUUUAUAUAUAAACGCACAGCCGCUUUCCCAUUAAAUCUGUGUCAGUUCCUCUUUAGUGUGCAAUGCCUUGGUAUGUCUGUGGUGCCUUCACUCCAUGCUCCUCUUCACAGGUGAAACGAGAUGUGAAGACUGGAAACUCAAAGGGAUUUGGGUUUGUGAGGUUUACUGAGUAUGAGACUCAAGACAAAGUGAUCUCUCAACGCCACAUGAUUGAUGGAAGAUGGUGUGACUGCAAACUUCCUAACUCCAAGGUAGGUGUUUGUUUCAGUAUGGCGUGUAACGUGGAUUAUUAAUGGCAAGAGCACUUGUUUCAGACCACACUUGUCACCACCCCUCCCGCCUCAUAUCUUCCCCCAAGCCAUAUACACUGAGUAUACAAACAUUAGGAACACCUGCUCUUUCCAUGACAGACUAACCAGGUGAAUCCAGGUGAAAGCUAUGAUCCCUUAUUGAUGUCACUUGUUAAAUCCACUUCAGUCAUUGUAGAUGAAGGGGAGGAGACAGGUUAAAUAAGGAUUUUUAAGCCUUGACAUGGAUUGUGUAUGUGUGCCAUUCAGAGGGUGAAUGAGCAAGACAAAAUAUUGAAGUACCUUUGAACAGGGUAUGAUAGUAGGUGCCAGGCGCACCGGUUUGUCAAGAACUGCAACACUGCUGGGUUUUCAUGAGCAACAGUUUCCCGUGUGUGUCAUGAAUGGUCCACCCAAAGGACAUCCAGCCAACUUGACACAACUGUGGGAAGCAUGGGCCAGCAUCCCUGUGGAAUGCUUUCGGAACCUUGUAGAGUCCAUGCCCCGACGAAUUGAGGCUGUUCUGAGGGCAGAGGGGGGUGGGGGGGUGCAACUCAAUAAUAGGAAGGUGUUCCUAAUGUUUGGUAUACUCGGUGUAUAUUGUUGAUGUGUGAACCUUUUAACAUUUUUUGUAAAACAGCAAGGUCCAGAUGAGCCCAUGAGAAGCCGAAAAGUGUUUGUAGGCCGUUGCACUGAAGACAUGUCCGCUGAUGAGCUGCGCCAGUUCUUCAUGCAGUAUGGCGAGGUCACUGACGUCUUCAUCCCCAAGCCCUUCCGUGCCUUUGCCUUCGUCAGCUUUGCCGAUGACCAGGUAGGUGCCACCGCAAAUUCAAAGACCUUGUUCUAUUUCCUAUCUGCUGAAUUGUCCCUUUUAAUGUCAGACUGACCCGCAUGUUUUCUCUCCAGGUUGCCAGUUCCCUAUGUGGAGAGGACCUGAUUAUUAAGGGGGUCAGCGUGCACAUCUCAAAUGCUGAGCCAAAGCACGGCAGUAGGCAGAUGAUGGAGCGAGCAGGGCGGUUUGGAAACGGGUUUGGGGCUCAGGGCUUUGGUAGUAACCGCACAGGGUUAGGGAGCAGCGCCAGUAGUAAUAUGGCUAAUUUUGGCAACUUUAGUCUGAACCCUGCUAUGAUGGCUGCCGCUCAGGCUGCCCUACAGAGCAGUUGGGGAAUGAUGGGUAUGUUGGCUAGUCAGCAAGGGCAGACUGCCACCUCUGGCACCACCUCCACUGGGCAGACUAGCUCCACCAGGGAUCAAAGCCAGGCCUACAGCACAGGCAACAGUAACUACGGCACCAGCUCAGCCAGUCUAGGUUGGGGUACCGGUUCUAACGCAACAACCAGUGGUAGUGGGUUUAGCUCAGGAUUUGGCUCCAGUAUGGAGUCCAAGUCUUCCGGGUGGGGUAUGUAA